UAUCGUCAUGUGACUCUGGCGUAAACAGGAAGCAGCUGAUCUUGACGUCACUGUCUGCUUCUAACAAGUAAUGUAUAACGUUACAACUGUAUCGUUAAAAACAAAUAAAAAACUAUAGUCUAAAAUUGCUUGAAUUUAAGUAGCCGAUCUACACUGUCGGGCAGUUGAAGGAGAGGAAGAGGAGAGCUGCUGCGGAUACAGGCUAAAGUCAUCUUGCAGCUCAGAGAAAUACUCUGCAUCGUGUCUGCUGAGGGGGAUGUCAAGUACAGCAAUGAAGAAAAAGGUGUUACUGAUGGGAAAAAGUGGGUCUGGAAAGACCAGUAUGAGAUCAAUCAUCUUUGCCAAUUACAUAGCUCGAGACACGCGCCGCCUUGGAGCUACAAGUAAGAGUACUUUAAAGAAAGUGCUACUUGAAGGUAUGUUUUUGAUGCUGGGUGUUUCUUUAAUCUCAUCUUUAAAAAAAUCUUUUCAUCCUGUGUUAAAUGUAGUUGACGUGGAGCACUCCCAUGUAAGGUUUCUUGGCAAUCUGGUUCUAAACCUGUGGGACUGUGGAGGACAGGACACGUUCAUGGAGAACUACUUCACCAGCCAGAGGGACAACAUUUUCAGAAAUGUAGAGGUGCUUAUUUAUGUAUUUGAUGUUGAGAGCCGUGAGCUGGAGAAAGACAUGCACUACUACCAGUCGUGUCUGGAGGCCAUCCUGCAGAACUCCCCCGACGCUAAAGUGUUCUGCCUCGUUCACAAAAUGGAUCUAGUGCAGGAAGACCAGAGAGAUUUGAUCUUUAAGGAGCGUGAAGAAGAUCUGAAGAGAUUGUCCAGACCUCUGGCUUGCACUUGCUUCAGGACAUCAAUCUGGGACGAAACCCUGUAUAAGGCCUGGUCUAGCAUAGUGUACCAGCUCAUCCCAAACGUCCAGCAGCUGGAGACAAACCUGAGAAAUUUUGCGCAGAUCAUAGAGGCAGAUGAAGUUCUUCUGUUUGAGAGAGCCACCUUCUUGGUGAUCUCCCACUAUCAGUGCAAAGAGCAGCGGGAUGCUCACCGGUUUGAGAAGAUCAGUAACAUUAUCAAACAGUUCAAACUCAGCUGUAGUAAACUUGCAGCCUCUUUCCAAAGCAUGGAAGUGAGGAACUCCAACUUUGCAGCCUUCAUUGACGUCUUCACCUCCAACACAUAUGUCAUGGUCAUCAUGUCGGAUCCCUCCAUUCCAUCCGCAGCCACUCUCAUCAAUAUCCGUAAUGCUAGGAAACACUUUGAGAAGUUGGAGCGAGUGGAUGGACCCAAGCACAGCCUGCACAUGCGAAUGCGCUAGCCGGUGCAUUUGUCCCAGUGGAUCCUCUCAGCCAAUCAGUCCACAGGCCGCUGACGACUUCCAGCUCCGACACAUUUGAGCAGCCUUGCACUGUUUCCUCUAUAGCUUCACAUUCAAUCACAGUUAUUACGGGAGAAAUCAUAUUUUCUUUUGGUCUAAUUUCUACAGUGAUGAUUCAAGUAUCUUGAACAGCGAUACAUUCUGUUGAAAUAUUUGCCCUAACUCGACACAUUAAAGUCAAAUGAAUAGUUGUGUUUACUAUGAAGGGGGCUACCUUUGCUGUCACACUUUGUCUUAUACAGUAGUUUCAUUCACUCCAUGCAGUGAAUCCCAGUGAUCGGGGGAUGUUGUCUCCAACUGAUAAGCAGUAGAUACUGUUUGAUUUUCAAAUGCAGUUUGUAAGCUGUUACACUUUGAAAGUACGAACAAUAUAGUUAUAUUCAGAAAAAUA